AUGUCACAUAAUCACUGGAGCUGUCUGCUUGCAACUGUUUUUGUUACAGAAGAGACCUUUCUGCAUGGCUUUACGACAAGAAGUGGCGGUAUAAGCAUCAUUCCAACUCUUAGUGGAUUGAAUCUUUUCUGCAGUCCAAAGAGGAAAGAUUCAAAAGCCGUUGUUGAGGAGAACUUUCGUCGCCUGGGAAAAGCUGCAGGAUUCGAUCCUCAGACUUAUAUUUCAAUAAAGGUUGACCAUGCAGACAUUGUGAAAAUACUUGGAAAAACAGAACCUGAAAGAUAUGAUGGAAUAGUCACCAACCAGAAAGGAAUGACAAUUGCUGCCCCCGGUGCAGACUGUAUUCCAAUUCUUUUCUGUGAUCCAGUAAAAAGAGCUUGUGGAGCUGUCCAUUCAGGCUGGAAAGGGACUUUGCUAGGAGUUUCAAUGGCCACAGUAAACGCCAUGGUAUCCGAGUACCAGAGUGAUGUGAAGGAUAUAUUGGUUGUCCUGGGACCAUCAGUGGGACCAUGCUGCUUUACCCUAACUCAGGAAGAAGCCAAAGCUUUUCAUGACAUAGAUCCACAAUGUGUCCGACAGAUUGAGUCCUCAAGACCAAAUGUUGAUAUCAGAAGAGCUACUCGUGUUCUCCUGGAACGUGGGGGCAUUCUGCCUCAGAAUAUUCAAGAUGACACCAUUGAAGACAGGAGCCAAAAUGUCACCCUUUGCACCUCCUGCCAUCCCGAUAAAUUUUACUCCCAUAUUCGAGACGGUGAAAAUUUUGGAAUACAAAUCUGCUUCAUAGCCAUCAGAGAAUAA